AAGACCUACCAAACUAUGAGAAAUGAAACCUUGUCCCAACAUAUUAGUAAAACCAAUUGGUCUCCUAACCCUGACAUUAUCCAUCACCAUUUUCACAAUCUUGUCUCUCAACUCAAGUUCAAAAUCAUCAUCAUCAAGAAUAAUAAAAAUGGCUGCCAAUAGGAGUACGAGGAGCUUCAUAUUAUGGCUACAUGGGUUGGGUGAUUCAGGCCCAGCAAAUGAACCAAUCAAAUCCCUUUUCACUUCCCCUCAAUUCAAAAACACUUCUUGGUCUUUCCCUUCUGCCCCUUCUCAACCUGUUUCUUGUAAUUAUGGUGCCGUGAUGCCUUCAUGGUUUGACAUUCAUGAAAUACCUAUAUCAGCUAAUGCUCCUGUGGAUGAACCUUCGUUGCUUAAAGCAGUUGAGAAUGUGCAUUCAAUGAUCGACAAGGAGCUGGCUGCUGGAGUUAACCCUAAGAAUGUGUUCAUUUGUGGAUUCAGUCAAGGAGGUGCCUUGACCUUAUCUAGUGUUCUUUUAUAUCCAAAAACUCUUGGUGGGGCGGCAAUCUUCAGUGGAUGGGUACCUUUUAAUUCUACUUCUAUUGCAGAACGGAUCACAUCGGAAGCGAAAAGGACCCCGAUAUUGUGGUCUCAUGGAAUGGCUGAUGGAACAGUACUAUUUGAAGCUGGACAAGCAGGUCCACCAUUCCUUAAGCACAUCGGCACAGACUGUGAAUUCAAGGCUUAUCCUGGUCUUGGCCAUUCGCUAAACAAUCAGGAGCUCCAACACCUGGAAUCAUGGAUUAAAUCCCGUCUACAAAGUUCCUCGUGAAGGUUUGACUAUUUCUGGUUCAAUGGGAUUUAAGCAGAUUGGUUGAUAUGGGUUGUUUGAGUAUUGGAAGUUCUUUAUAUAUGUCUGUAGCCAAUGACCAUAUUAAAUUGUGUAAUAUGUUACACCAGUCAAUAAUACUAGUGUUGAAAACUUGAAA